AUGUUGAAGCCAAUUGAUCUUCUUACAUCAGAGCUACCACUAAAUAUUUCUUGCUUGAUAUCUGCUGCAAUGGCUUUCUAUCGCUCAUUUAUCGUCGUUGUUCUCACUUCUUGCAGAUGGCAGUGUUGGCACUUGCAAAGCAUUCUCCUCUACUUUGCAAAGCAUUUUUGUGUAUGGAAGCACAGAGUUCCAGUGAAGCACAGAGCACCUCAACUUUAUUGGAACACUGUGCUUCCAUACACAAAAAUGCCAAAAGCCAUCAGUAACCUAAUUCUCCGCCCAGCUGAAUUCACGGAUGGGAGCACUGAAGAGAAUAACUCUCUUCAUUAUGAGCUUCAUAUUAGUGAGAAUGGAGGACCAACGCGUAUUUAUAAUCCUGCAAUGCAACGCCACAUUCCUGCCACGCAACCAAUUCCCUUCUCCUCGAACAAACUCACAGAAAUUUUCAAGCUCUUUUCUGUAGUGGAGCAGGGAUCUUUGGAAGCAAACGCUCUUAAGGAAACAAUUGAAUGGUGUGAAAGACCGGGUAACAAGGGAGAGGAAAAAUACUGCACCACCUCUUUAGAAUCAAUGAUUGAUUUCAGCACUUCCAAGCUUGGAACAAGAAAUGUUCAAGCAGUCUCGACGGAGCUACUUGAAAAGGGAGUCAUUAAGUCCUUGCGCAAGUAUACAGUGUUGCCUAGAGUGAAGAAGCUGGGAGGCGACGAAGCUGUUUCGUGCCAUAAGCAUAGAUAUCCCUUUCCUGUGUUUUACUGCCAUUCAACAAAACAAACGGCAAGUUAUGUGAUGUCUAUGAAAGGUGCUGAUGGGGAGAAGGUUAAAGCAGUAGCAAUGUGCAAUAUAGACACAUCGGAAUGGAACCCAAGGCAUUCGGCCUCCAAGUGCUGA